CCAAUUAUCACUUUUUUUUCCAAAUUAAUCUCAUGUCAACAUUUUCUCCACAUUUUAACAACAUUCAAAAUUCAUUAUAAAUCAAACGCUCAUCUGAAAUUCUUCUCCACAUAGUUUAAUUUCGAACAAUUAAGCUUCAAUUUUUGUAAAGUUCGAUACUUUUUUUUUUGACUGAUGGAUUUGUUUGAUUUGGUCAAUUCGUUCAUCGAGAAAGGCUGCGGCGUGGUUGUUGAUGAAGAAAUCGGAAGAAUCGGCGACGAUCAUAAUCCCGAUGACGAUGAAGAUUCUGAUGUGGUGGAGAAUACGAUGAAGGAUUCGCUGAAGAGAUUAUUUGCAUUUGAGAACGGUGAUGAAGCAAGGAGAAAGGCUACAGUAGAAGUCCAUAAGGCAUGGCGGCGCGUGAUCGAAACUAACUCAUCGCCGUCGUCGCCAGAUCUAAAAUGGCAGUUGAUGACUCAGCUACGUCACCAAGGUUUCGACGCCGGACUUUGCAUAUCAAAAUGGGAAAGGAAUGACAAGUUUCCAUCAGGACUUUACGAAUACCUUGACGUUAAUAUAAAUGGGACCCGCUACAUGAUUGACAUAUUGAUAGCAGGAGAAUUCGAGAUAGCAAGACCAACUAAAUAUUACGUUUCAUUGUUCGAUGUUUUCCCUCAAAUUACAGUCUGCAAAGUCAUCGAGCUCAAAAAAAUUGUGAGAAUAAUGUGCGAUGCAAUUAGACUCUCUAUGAACCAACAACAAAUGCAUGUACCACCAUGGAGAAGACAUGAGUACGUGCAUGCUAAAUGGUUCGGGUCUUAUAAGAGAUUAACUAACACGUAUUCAACUAAAAGUAUUACAGACUCGAGUGUAGAUAGCAAAAAAGUUAGAGAGAGAGAGGGACCACGCCUAAUUUGUAUACGGAGAAACAGAAAAUCGCCGACCAAUCUCCGACCACCGAUACAACCACCGCCGAUCCGUGCUAAUAAGUCAUAUAUGGAAGGUGUUGGAGCUCGACUCGGCCGAUCCUCGACUCGCUACGGACCGGCUACCGUGUUUACAGGUCCGGUAAGGAAGUGGAAGAAGAAGUGGAUCCACGUAACGCCUACCAACACAUCCGGAGCCUCAAACAAUAAGCAUCAUCAUCAUCAACAUCAAUCUAACGGAAACUCUUCUUCUAAUGGCAACAAUAACAAUGCCUCAGCCUCUCAUCUUUUGCUUUACAAAUGGACGCCAAUUCGUCAAACUCAGAACACCUCCGCCAACAACAACAAUAGCAAUGGCGACGCCAACGAAGACGGUGGUGCCGCCGAAGUGGACGAAGAGCCGCCCCGCCGUAAGAUGAAAUACAUUCCAAUAGCUAUACUGGAGGAACAAAAUAGUGAGGAACCAGAGGUGCAGGCUGAUGAAGAUAAACCUAAACCUGUUGAAAGUGACUCACUUGCUGCUGCAGAUGAUGAAUCAUCUUUGAAGAAGGAAAAACCUGACAUCAAUGAUAUGCCAAUGGAAGAGAAUCAGGUUUCUGAGAAUAUUGAUGUAGAAAGGGAAGACCUGAACAAAAGCAAUGUGGGUUUAAGCUUGAAUUUAAAUGAAGGUGAAGGUGAUGGAGAUGGAGAUGGAGAUGGAGGUGAAGAAUCUGAAGAAGCAAAAGAUGAAACUAAUGAUGAUUGA